AUUAACACUCCAAUAUGGAUUUCACCUUCCAUCCCGGCGUCAACGGCUCCAAGCCUUGGGUGGAAUUCUACCCUUACAAUCCCUCCCUCACAGCAGGAUACGCCUUCAUGGCAAUUUUCGGCAUUACGACUAUCGCUCACAUAAUACUCAUGUUCCCUUACCGUGCUGCAUACUUUAUACCUCUUGUUAUAGGUGGAAUAUGCGAGACAUUCGGAUACUAUGGCCGUGCCUUGUCCCAUAAUGACCGAACUGGUAUCGGUUCAUGGGCGCAACAACAAAUCCUGAUUCUCUGCGCACCCCCGUUCGUCGCAGCGACAAUCUACAUGGUCCUAGGGCGAAUCAUUCGCGUUCUCAAUGCCGAGCAUCACUCUUCAAUUCGGACCAAAUGGCUGACUACCAUUUUUGUCCUGAAUGAUAUCAUCUGUUUCCUCACACAAAUCAUCGGUGCUGGAGUCCAGGUCACUGGAGACGCAAACCUCAUGGAUAUCGGGAAGAAAGCGGUCCUGGCAGGCCUGGUCUUCUCGCUUAUCAUAUUUCUUCUAUUCGUCUGGGUGGCGAUCCUCUUUCAUAUGCGGCUGGCGAAGAAUCCGACAUUAGUAGUGAUCCAGAGCCCGCGACUGAACUGGAAGAGGUAUAUGUGGGCUUUGUACGCCUCGUGUGCGGCGUUGGCGAUAAGGAAUCUCGUCCGUACGAUUCAGUUCGGGGCGAAUAAAACAUCUGCCAUCAAUACAAAGGAGGCGUAUAUCUAUGUCUUUGAUGCGGCGCUCAUGCUGGUUUCUAUGGCAGUUCUUGCCGUGUGGCAUCCAGGCAUGUUGAUUAAAAAGGCCAGGAAGGCGAAUGAGAUGGAGAAAAGGUAUGGAGCUAUGAACCAGGAAGGUUCCAACAUGCAAGAUGUGCCCCUAGUGUCCUGUUGA